AGGUAGCAGUUCAUUCUUUUGUGGAGAAUCUGUUCAGGAGUAUCUGGGGAUUGCCUAACAGCAGGGCCCCACUGGCCAUCAAGUACUUUUUCCACUUCCUGGAUGCACAAGCAGAGAGAAAAAAAAUCUCAGAUCCAGAUGUUCUCCACAUCUGGAAAACAAACAGCCUUCCACUUCGUUUCUGGGUGAACAUCCUGAAGAACCCUGACUUUCUGUUCAGCGACUUGGAAAAGACACCUCACCUGGACGGCUGUCUGUCCGUCAUCGCUCAAGCCUUCAUGGACUCCUUCUCCCUAGUCGAGCAACACCUGGACAAGCAUUCACCAACCAAUAAGCUACUAUAUGGCAAAGACAUCCCUCAGUACAAACAGGAAGUGAAGUUGUACUACAAGUUAGUGAAGGACGAGCCUUCUAUUAGCAGCCAAGAGUUGAAAAUAUUUCUUCAAGGGGAGUCAAAGAAACAUCAAAAUGAGUUUAAUGAAUCUGCGGCUCUGCGAGAACUCUGCAAAUUCAUGCUCCGCUACUUCAGCGAGGUUUCUCAGAAGCUGGAACAGACAGACGCCCCUGAUAAGUUGAAAGAGGACAUGCAAAACGUGAAGGAGCUUUUUGAAAACAUGAAGCGAAUUGGUUGGAGUUGAAAUUCCUGGUCUUGUUGUUCAUAUGGGUAUUUACACUGCAUUUUGUUUAUUUUAAGCUGGUCAUUAAACUGGACGCACCUCCAUCAUAAAGACUUUCAGCAUCAUCAGCCAUUUAUUAGAGAAGACAGAUUCACUUCUGUUUGUUGGACAUUAUAGAGACCAAGUGAAUGUAAUGUAUAUUGAUGAAUUUUAGAGUUCGAGAGGAGCUCAUUGUUGAGCUUAUAUU